AUGUGCACUUGGAUAUCUCCAGUUCACUGCAUCCCAAAGAAGGGAGGAAUCACUGUCAUAAAGAAUGACAAAGAGGAGCUGAUAACUACUAGAACAAUAGUGGGGCAUCGCAUGUGUAUAGACUAUAGGAAGCUAAAUUCUGCAUCUAGAAAGGAUCAUUUCCCUCUUCCUUUCAUUGAUCAGAUGUUGGAAAGAUUAGCAAACCAUCCUUUUUAUUGUUUUCUUGAUGGUUCCAGUGGUUUCUUCCAAAUCCCGAUCCACCCAAAUGAUCAGGAGAAGACCACUUUCACAUGCCCUUAUGGUACCUUCGCAUAUCGAAGGAUGCCAUUUGGGCUGUGCAAUGCCCCAACUACAUUCCAGAGAUGCAUGACUUCCAUUUUUUCAGAUCUGAUAGAGGAGAUGGUAAAAGUCUUCAUGGACGAUUUCUCAGUCUAUGGAGCAUCCUUCUCCUCAUGUUUGUCAAACUUGUGCAGGGUCUUGCAGAGGUGUGAAGAGACAAAUCUGGUGCUCAACUGGGAGAAGGGCCACUUCAUGGUUCAAGAAGGGAUUGUCCUUGGACAUAAGAUUUCCGAAAAGGGGAUCGAGCUCGAUCGAGCUAAGGUGGAUGUGAUGUUGCAACUUCCUGUUCCUAAGAUUGUGAAGGAUAUCAGGAGCUUUCUGGGUCAUGCAGGGUUUUACAGGAAAUUCAUCAAGGAUUUCUCCAAGAUAGCAAGACCUUUGACAAGGCUUCUGUGCAAGGAGAUAGACUUUAAGUUUGAUGAAGAAUGCCACAAGUAUUGGACCUUGCUGAAGGAUGCUCUGGUAUCUGCUCCGAUUGUUCAAGCUCCAAACUGGGAUUACCCUUUUGAGAUUAUGUGUGAUGCAUCCGACUAUGCAGUAAGAGCCGUGCUUGGCCAAAAGAUAGACAAGAAGCUCAAUGUCAUUUACUAUGCAAGAAAAAAUAUGGAUGAUGCUCAAUGCAAGUAUGCAACCACAGAGAAGGAGCUCCUUGCCGUAGUCUUUGCCUUUGAGAAAUUUCGAAGUUACGUGGUUGGAUCAGAAGUGAUUGUGCACACAGAUCAUGCUGCUCUUAGGCACAUCUUUGCUAAGAAGGAUAGAAAGCCAAGGCUUCUGAUGGCAUAUUGGUAG